AACGGCUGGACCAGCGACGUGUGAAGAAAGAAGGGAAGAACCGGCUUAAAUCCUUCCUAAAUCCUGCUACAAAAACAGGCACAGCCCAUUAGGUUUUAAGCCGAAUCAAAACCUCCACGGCCGUAAAAUCAAUCCGCCGCCAUACCUAAUCUACUUCCCUUCACAGAAUUGUAAUGCUCGUUGAGGUUCAAUGCCCAGCAUAACCCUCUAAACCCUUUAACCUAGUUCUUACAAAACCCUAGAUACUCGCCGAUCUUUUCAGCCAUGGCGGAGGAUGUGCAACACAGUUAUCCUAAUACUUGUUGUGCCCUGUGGAUAAAGAGGUCCCAGAAGCUGGAAAAGAGCAGGGAUGCUUUAAGGCAAAGCGUGAAGAUCUUAGAGGCACAAAUAGAGAAGCAAAGCGUUGAGAUUGCUGCUCUUAAAAAAGGGGUUGAGAAUCAGCAGAUGAAACAGGGGCAGCAAAAAGAUGAAAUAAUGAAAGAGGCUAAUAUCAAAAAGGAUCUGGAAAAACAAAUUAUAGAUUUGAAGGCCAAAAUAUCUUCAUUGGAGAAUAUUAAGAACUUGAAGAGUGUUGAUAAAGAUGAAAUUGGGAUGCUUAAAGCCCGUAUUUCUUCAUUUCAGGAAGAAGUAAAAAACCUUAAAGAGCUUCUUGAGUUGGAAAGAAAGAAAAGUGAUUGUGAGGGUAGAAAAACUGAGUCUGAGAAGAAGAGAGCAGCAGAAGCUUGGAAGCUGUUAAAAGACGAGAAAAGAAUUGCUGAAGAACAGAAAUGUCUUUUGGAGGCUGAGAAGAAGAAAUCAGAAGAUUUUAGACUAUGCUUGGAAAAGUUCAAAGUUGAAGCUAAUGAAUUGAGAGAAUGGUUGAGUGCCGAGACAGCUAAAGGUUAUGAUGCAAAAAAACAGAUUGAGGUUGAGAAGUUAAAGGCAAAUGGAGAGAAGAAGCGUGCUGAGUUAGAAAGGACAAAAGCUAAAAAACGGAAGAAACUGAUUGAAGAAGAGAGGAAAAGGGUUUCUGAUGUAAAAAUGCAGGCAAGUCACUUGUGCCAGAAGUUAGAGGAAGAGAGGAAGAACAGAGAACGAAUUCAGAAAAAGUUGGAGGAGUUUUCUGUUGUAUCUAAUUUAGGGGAAGGAGAAAAUAAUGUCUGUCAAACUCUGAAACUUGCUGAAUUGAAGCUUUUAAAGGAGCAUCUCAGACUGGAAAGGAAGCGGGUGAAGCAUGCCAAAAGAGUAGCCAAGCAAGAAAAGUAUGAAAAGAGAGUUGUAGCACAGGAAGUUCACCUCUUAAAGCAGAAUCUCAUGCAGAUUCUUUAUCGUCUUAACAUGCUUGAUGGUCUCGUUUCUCAAAAUGUGGGAGGUAUUGAUGAUGUUCAAAAGACUGAAUAUAAACCAUCAGAAAUUCAGUAUGGGGAUCCAUUCACCUGUGUUGAGCCUACAGGCGAUUGCAUUGGGUUUCCCGUAUCCAGAGGAUGCUGUAGCAGGCCAAAAACAGGUAUAAAUUCUGGGUUGGAGUCUCCAGUUGGAGGUUCUCUCAGAAAAAAGUCACAAAGUUCUGCAGUAUGUUCUACUAGCAUACAUUUUUCUGAUAGAAAGUUACUGGGCUCACAGGGAAGAGAGUCUUUUGAGAUCUCUACAACCAAACUAGCAGAGAAUGCAAAGCAUAGUCUAGCCAUUGAGAAAUUUCCUAGUGAAGCUGCCCAAAUUGGAAUGUUUAAAAGCUGUCAGAUUGAUGCAAAAGAUAUGGAUGGAAGCUGUGGUCUGAAUGGAGCGGGGAAACCAUGCUCUUAUUUAUCUACAUGUAGUGCUUUUGCUCAAGUGAGUGAAAAUAGUCCAAAGAAGAGAAAGAUUGAAAUUUACACCAAAUCUUUACCUUCUGAAGAUAAAUUGCAUUCCGUAAAUGGAGAUGACGUCACUAUUGUAAAUGAUCGAAUGGGAAAUGUAGAGCAGUUUUCAUUGGCAAAUUGCUCCCAGAUUCCUGCAAUCUUCAAGGAUACAUAUUACAGAAAAUUUUCCCAGAAGGAAGGCCAAAGUAAACUUUGUAAAAAUAAUUUUGAUCAAAUCAAGAAUAUAGCCUCAAUGUCUCAUCAUACUGGAAAAUCAUCUGUCAAACAUGACGAUAUGAUGAAAGCUGGUAAAUCAAUGUGCAUAUAUAACAGGGAAUCUUGCUGCAUUGAGGAAGUUGGACCAAAUUCUUCUGAAAUGGACAUUGACCAAGAAGUGAUGUCUGUUGGCAACAAAUAUGCUUUUUUACAGAGCUUUGAGAAUAAGAUAAGUGGUGGAUGCUUGAAGCUGCUUGAGCUGGACAACUAUUCUGAUGAGCUUAGGUACAUAAAUGCAUUGGAGAUGCCUAUUUCCCCCACUUUACCAGACAUCGAGAUGUCCAACUUCCAACUUGAUGGAGAAGAUGGUUCUAAUGCUGUGACCGAUAUCGUGGAUUUGGAGAUUUGUUCUGACAAUUCAAAAUCGAUAAUUCUUACUAGUAAAGAAUUGUCAAACAACAACAUUACUCAACUUGAUGUUUUCCAUGAUAUCACACAGGAUACUUGUCUAGCUGUUAAUAGUCGGUCGCUUGUUUUUGAGUCUGAUUCUUACGCCACAAAACCUAAAGCUGAACUUGGAAGGUUUCCAUGUUUAAUGGACGCAAAGUCAGAUCAACAAGAUGACUGUGUAAAGCAGCACCCAGCAGAACAUAACAAGAUUGAGCUUGAAGUGGUUCCUGUUUCGAUGUCAAGGGACUACAAGAAAUUACAACCAUCACCUGAUGAAGUUGGUCGGUUUUCAGAGUCAUCUCCUUCCCAACCAUUUCAUGAGGUUGUCCACCCUAGACGUUGUGCAAUGGAUAACCCUAAUUUACCAAGCCACGUCUCUUCACGUGGGAUCAAAUUAAAUAAAGAAAAAGAUUACCAAUCUAUGAAUUCUGAUUUUUUUCAAAAUCAAUCGGAAGUUACAACAGUAGAUGACCCUGUUUUUACUCAAGGAUUAAACUUAAUACUUUCCUCUGAUGCAGAAAAACUAAAUAAAGGGAAUGACUUUAUGAGUGCAGAAAAUGGCACUGGACAUGAUAUCCAACAGCCAUUGGAUUCUGUUUCGAUGUCAGAAGUCCCCAGCCUGACAUUUUCAUCUUCUGGUUCAAAUGCAAAAUGUCUUUCUAAAGUUGUUGAUGAAACUGGUCCUGGAAGAAUUAUUUGUUCAUUCACAUCUUUUUCAAGUGCCAGGAAUGUGGAAAGCGUCUCAAGAAUUAUAUGUGCUUUCAAUUCCGUUACUCCACUAAUGGUUUCCAAGACAAACUUACUAAUUGUAGAAGUCCUUGAUAGAUUGCAUUUAGAAGAUCUUCAGUCAGAGGAUAAGGUUGCGGUAUUUUUUUCACUUUUGCUUGGCAAUUUAUCUGAAAGGAUGUCAGAUCAUUGCAAGAACAUUGUGGAUGAUGUUUCUUUCCAGAUUUUUGAAUCAUUCUCCAAGGAGAUAGUUAGAGCAUUUUCUACUGGAAAGGCAAAAUAUGUUUUGGGUCCACUGUUCAACUUUGAUUCCCUUUUCUGCCUCAUUGAGAGAUUUCUUAUUACAAGGGAAGUUCUUGUAAUUGGUGAUGUAAUGCAGCACCCAUCAAGCUUUCCUGUCUUUCCGGACCAUAAAUUUCACUUGGAUGUGGGAAAUAAUUGCGUGCUCUCUGAAGAUGCUACGAUUAGUCAAUUUAUAGCUGGCAGUACCAUAUUUGCAUCUAUUUGUGUUGCAGCUGAUGAUAUUGGCGUCCUACUAGCUUUUUCUUAUAAGCUACUGCACACGUUUCAAAAUGACACCUCUUGGGGUUUGCUUGCACUUCAUGUUUUUGCUAAUAUUUUUGGGAAGAGGUUUUUUAACCUUGAUAACCACAAAUUUCUCGUUACUACCAUAAGUUCUGUGGUUUCACUUCUUGAGGGCAGGCUCAAAUCGGCUUCUCAUCGGCCACCUUGCUAUCAUAAUUCAACAAACAGUAUGUUUAUAAAAUUUUCACCAUGCAAGCAAUGUCCAUUUGCGGCGGAUGCUAUAUGUAUGGACAAGCUUGUAAAAUUUUUGCUCGAUAUGUUAGAAGAUUAUAACCUCACUGAGAAUGGCUACCCAAGUAUGAAUAAUUGUUUUGUUUCUUUAAACGGAUCAGCUCCCACAAGCGCUACCAAGGAAAAUGAUUCAAGUGGUGCUAAAAGGAAAUUUGAUGUUCAGUGUGAUGCUUCUUGUGUUAUUUUUAGGUACAGAGAGCUCACUGGUAAGCAGCCAAAUGGUUGUUCUGAGACAUUUUUCUGUGACUUCACUGAUAUUAUUUCGUUGGUGGAAUUGGUGGGUCACUACAUGGGGUGGGAGUGGAUGCACAAUGAAGCAGUGCCUCGUCUAUUGAAAAUGCUGGAUGUUUGUGUUUGUGAGGAAUUUUCUGCCGCUCUCUUUGUAUUAGUGGGCGAACUAGGAAGCAGACAUGGUACUAGUUCUGGUGGCUAUCAACAAGCAGGAAUUGCAGAACUGAGAAGUAAUUUGACUAAGUUGCUCGAUACUCUUAUUGAUAGGAAAGCGGGCCUUCCUACUCAAUUUGCUGCUGUUGGUGCCAUGUUAAAUCUUCUUCCUUUGAAAUUUGAAGAAAUUCUUUAUGAGCAUUGUGAUCUUACUCUGGAUUCAUGUGAAUCUUCUUACAUCAAAUAUAUACAAACAUGGUUUUUCAAGCUAAGUGGGGAGCAGCAGAUGGCAUUAAAAAGUUAUUUUGACAAUGAAAAUCACUGAAGAAAGUAACCUGGAUUUUCUUGCAUCACCUAGUUGGCGCGGUCAAUUUCAAUUUGACUCAGUGGUUGACCUGGAUUUUGGGAGCUCUUGUCUCAGCACCGCGACAGAGAUUCUGUUUGAUUUUGGAUGUGGCAACUACCGACUCAGAUUUAUCAGGCUAGCUUUUGAUGUAUAUGGUCAAAGAUUUCACUGACUGCUUAUUUCUUAGUCUGGCAUAUGAGUUAAAUUUUUGAAGAUCCGCUUGAAGGACGCUCACCAGCUUUUUGAUUUUGUGAUCGUUCUCAUAUUUCAUCCAGUCAGCUCAGAGGCUACAAAUUCUUUUGGGUUGGACCGGUUCAGCUUCAAGUUUUGGUUUGGUUAAAAUUAUUUUUUGAAAUGAUAUGUUGUCAGGAUCAUGAACCAGAACUAGAAUCUAUUGCAUCAGGAGGCUCGCAAUUUGGUAACGGUUACUUGAUUCGUAAUCCUUGCCGAAUUUCAUCUUGUCAGCUCUUGCGGGCUUCAAGCUUUGAUCUUUGUAGAAAAGGACAGUUGAAAAUGAACUUUUGUUCGCGCUCAGUCCCAGAACAUGAAUCUCACUGGAUCAUUUGGAAUGCAAUCAUAUUAGAUUAAGAAUUAUUCUGCGCAACAUAUCGAGUCUGAUAAAUUUUGUGCUUAAAUUUUGUUCUUAAAUUAGUAGACUACUGUUCUUAAAUUUUGUUCAUUCAUUUGUUUUCAUGUUCUUUUGCAGUUUUUGGAACAUUGAUCAUUUGGAAUGCAAUCAUAUUAGAUUAAGAAUUAAUCUGCGCAACAUAUCAAGUCUGAUGAAGACCAACUUGCCUUUAUUCCUUUUUGAUUAGAUAUUAAGCUCUUUUCAAAAGCUGUUAUCCAUAUUGCCUCUCGCCUUUAUCUAGAGUAGUUUCCAUUGGCUUCCACUUCAUACAUCCCCAAUUAUUUAUCCUUAUAACUUGCUCCAAUGGUCGACGAUUUUGCUCUGUUUCAGAAGAGCAUGGAUUCAAUCAAAUUCAUGUGAUUGUGGAGUUUUUGUUCUAUUGAUGGCGGUAACUUUGUGCUUCGCAACGAAGGCAAACUUGUCUACUAUGCUUAUACAUGAUAUUCUGAUCAAGUAUAUUUUAUUAUUAUUAAUCUAAGGGCUUAUUUCAGCUUUUUCUUGAUAAGAUUUAGGGGGUGCAUUUGGAUUGGUCUUUAUAUCAGAUGGAAGAAUGAAUGAAUGAGCGGCCUUCAAAAUGAACUUCUUCUGUUUGGGGCAUUGAUUUUGAUCGAAUGGAUUGAGAUAUUGCCACGUUUCAGGAUGAAUGAUCAUGUUCUGCAAGUGGCACGCGUCCAUUUAGAACGUUCUAUUAAAGCACUGAUCAUAUUUAUUAUGAGGGAUAGUAUUUUGUAUAUAAAGUAGG